AUGGUCAGCUUGGAAUGUUUAUUACUUGCUAGUUCCAUUCCGAAUUUCCGUUUGUUCGAUCAAAGUUUAGCUGGCGAUACAUUCACCGUUAUCUCAUCCGCCGACAACAGUAGUGGGUACUUUUUGAAUGUGAGUGCAUACUUCGAAAACGGGUCAUUCUACAGUUGGGAAUCGUUCGCAACAGUUGCUGCAACUUCAGACUUUUUCGCUAGUCACUAA